AUGAGAGAAAAUCAGAAAACAAAAGGGUACACGACGGCAAUCGAGCCAAUGGCCACGGUCGACGGGGCAGUUGUAGUCGUUUCCUUCUUUAAGAAGUUUCCCUCGCCUUUGGGUUUCCACCAUACACUGGAGUCUUCAGUUGACUGGAGAAACAAAGCCAUAACACUCUUUGCUUUGCUCUCUCUGUCUGUCUCUUUCUUACCUUCAUUUUUCUCCGAAAAAAGUACAGUGUUUGCAAUGGCUACGCCUAGAGAACACAUUGAGCAAAUCAGAAAAAAAAAGUUCUCAAUCGGAGGAGAACCCAACCCUUUGACUGAGGACCUUCAUCAAGCUGUUAGGAACUUGUCUGCUGAGCUUUAUACCAAAGAUGUCCAUUUCCUUAUGGAACUCAUCCAGAAUGCUGAAGACAACGAGUACUUGGAAGGGGUGGACCCAUCGCUCGAGUUUGUCAUAACCUCUCGUGACAUCACGGCUACAGGAGCUCCUGCAACAUUGCUGAUGUUCAAUAACGAGAAGGGGUUUUCCUCGAAAAAUAUAGAGUCUAUUUGCAGUAUUGGACGUUCCACCAAGAAAGGCAACAGGAAAAGUGGUUAUAUUGGGGAGAAAGGAAUUGGGUUCAAGAGUGUCUUUCUGAUCAGUGCUCAGCCUUACAUAUUCAGCAAUGGCUAUCAGAUACGGUUCAAUGAAGCGCCUUGUCCCCACUGCAGUCUUGGCUAUAUUGUUCCUGAGUGGGUUGGGGAGAACCCAACUCUUGCUGACAUUAGAAGGGUAUAUGGUUCAUGUUCUGCCCUUCCAACCACGACAAUUGUCCUGCCCCUGAAGCCUGACAAGGUCAAGCCUGUGAAGCAGCAGCUCUCAAGUGUUCAUCCUGAAGUAUUGCUAUUCCUUUCGAAGAUCAAGUGUCUUUCUGUGAGGGAAGACAACAUGGAUCCCAGGCUCAAUACUGUAAGUGCAAUAGCUAUUACAAGCGAGACUAAUUUUGUGACGAGGAAGAACAUUGAUGCAGAGUCCUAUACUCUCCGUCUUUCUGCUGAGGAAAAGUGCAAUAAGUUUGGAAGAGAAUGCAGCUACUAUAUGUGGAAGCAGAAGUUUCCAGUUAGGCUGGAAAACAAAGUGGAAAGGAGAAUGGAUGUUGAAGAGUUGGUGAUCACAUUGGCUUUUCCAAAUGAAGAGCGUCUUCAUAGAGGAAUGACCUUACCUGGGGUCUAUGCGUUUCUUCCAACAGAGAUGGUGACCAACUUACCCUUCAUAAUUCAAGCAGAUUUUGUUUUGUCAUCAUCAAGGGAAACAAUACUUUUGGACAACAAAUGGAACCAAGGGAUUCUUGAUUGUGUGCCGUCUGCUUUUGUGAAUGCAUUCAUCUCUCUGGUGAAAAUGACAGAAGAGGCUCCAGUAUCUAGUUUGCCCCGGAUGUUCACUUUCUUGCCUGUCAACAGUUCCUCGUAUCAGAAUUUUAAUGCCAUUAGGGAAUCUAUAAGAUUAAAACUGGUGGAUGAAGAUAUUCUUCCAAGUGAUGAGUCAUGCACGGAGCAGAAGUUUUUUCAUAAACCCAGUGAAGUUGGCAGAAUUAUGCCUGCUUUCUGGGAUAUUGUGAAGAAGGCUAGAAAGGAGAGGGUAGGCUUGCAUAAUCUGUCAUCCCAUGGGACAUAUGUCUUGCAUUCUUCGUUUGAUAUUGUUGAUUGUGAUCACAUUCUGAACUUUUUAGGAGUUCGAACAGUCAACAUUGGAUGGUAUGCAAAGUGCAUCCAGAGUUCUAAUCUUGUAUUGGGAGUUUCCGAGGGUGUUUAUCUUGAGCUUCUUCUCUUCCUUGCUGAGAAUUGGCAGAACAUAUUCGAUGGUACUGACAUCAGUUACAUACCACUUGUUAAAUAUGUGGAUUCUUGUGGAUGUGUGUCUUUGUGCAGUAUCAGUGAAUCCACACGGGGAAGUCAGGGAGCAAUAUGCCGGUCAUGUCAAUUUUGUCAUGUCUCAUGGUUGAUUGAUUGGAAUAGGGAAUUCAGAGGUGUUGCCAACAUUUUUUUUCUUCCCAAAAGCACUCAAGAAGCCAUUCGUUCAUGCUUUAAGAAAGAAACAGUUUUGGAAUGGCUUGAAAAACAGGUGAAGGUUGUUGCCAUAAGUGUAUAUCAGUAUGCAGCAUCUCUUAUUGACCAUCUCAGUGGCAAGCCAAAGCUUGUUAUAACCUAUGGUCACUUCUUAUAUCAUUCAUUCUGGAAGGACUUUGUAGUAGCAGCAGAUGUCCGUUAUUUGUGUGGCAUCAUGCCACUUGUGGAUAACUACGGUAAUGUGACUCUGACCGAUAAGAGGAGGAUUCUUGUUCCUUCCAGUGGAAGCAAAUGGGCCAGUUUGAUUGGUUCAAAUCCUCUGAAAGCUGAAGGCUAUGUUGAGUUAGGAGAAGACUACUUGCGUCCUGGAAAUUUUGUUGGCCAAAUCACACCUGAAAAGAAGCUCUUGGAGUUUCUUGGAUCACAUGUUGCAGUUUCAGAUAUCCCUUAUCUAUCGCCCCCUAAUGCUGCCAUUCCUGCUGUCUCUUCACCGCUUACAAAGGAAAACACUUUCUUGAUGUUGGAUUGGAUUCAGUACAUGAGAAAUAGAGGAACAACAAUUCCAGAGAAGUUUUUGACAAGCAUAAAAAAUGGAAACUGGCUGAAAGUCACCAUAAAUGGCUCUUCUGGCUACAAACCACCAUCGCAAUCAUUUUUUUAUUCCUCCUCAUGGGGAAAUAUUUUGCAGAAUGGAUUCGUGUUUGUUGAUAUUCCACUAAUUGAUCAGAACUUCUAUGGAGACAGAAUAAGCAAGUAUAUGGAGGAGCUGAAAAAAAUUGGAGUCAUGUUUGAGUAUGGAGAAGCAUGUGCAUUUAUUGGGAAGCAUCUUAUGAGACUGGCGUCUUCAUCAAUGUUAAGUAAAGAUCGUGUGCUUUCCAUUCUUGGUCUCAUCAGAUAUUUGAGGAUGAAAUUCCUCCCUCCUGAUGACUUGAUCUGCUCUAUCAAGGAAGGAAGAUGGCUAAAUACAUCUCAUGGUUACAGAUCCCCAGUAGGAGCUGUUUUGUUUGAUGAGGAAUGGAGAACAGCUAUACAAAUAUGUGAUGUUCCCUUCAUUGAUCAAACAUUCUAUGGUGACGAAAUCCUUUGCUUCAAAACAGAACUCAGGUUGCUUGGCGUUAUAGUUGGCUUCAGCAGAAGGCUUGUCAUGGAAAACUUGAAAUCAUCUUCAAGCUUGACCUCUUUGACAGCCGAUGCUUUUCUUUUAUUGCUGGAAUGUAUGCAUUAUUCAAAUUCAUCUGAGAGCCUUGUUACAACACUCAAAAAUGUGAAGUGUUUGAAGACAAAUCUUGGUUUCAAACCUCCGUCUGAAUGCUUUCUAUUUGAUAAUGAAUGGGGUUGUCUUCUACAGGUUUUCGGUUUUUUCCCAAUAAUUGAACAAGCUUACUAUGGAAGUGCCAUCUCCUCUUACAAAAAUGAGUUGAAGAGAUUGGGUGCUGUUGUGGAUUUUGAGACAGCAGUCAAAUCUUUUGCUAGCAGUUUCAGGCAACAGGCAUCGGUAUCCUCUAUUACAAAAGAUAAUGUUUUGUCAUUUCUGUCAUGCUAUAGACAACUGAAGGGAACAUCCCAUAAGUUUCCCUCUGACUUGAAGAGUUGCAUCCAUGAAGUGAAGUGGUUGCGGACUCGGCUUGGUGAUUUCAGGUCACCAAGAGAUUGCAUCCUCUUUGGUCCGAUGUGGGAAUCCAUCUCUCAAAUUACUCUCCUUCCUUUUAUUGAUGAUAGUGACAAUUACUACGGAAAGGACAUUCACAAGUAUAGAAAUGAGUUGAAGAGCAUUGGAGUAGUUGUUGAAUUCAAAAGUGGUGUCAAGUUUGUGCCUUCUUGUCUCUAUUUUCCUCCAAGUACUCCCGCAACUGCACUUGCAUUGCUCAAAUGCAUGGGAAUUUUGUUGGAAGACAAGAAUUACACCUUCUCAGAAUCUUUUUUGAAAAAAGUUUCACAAAAAUGGUUGAAAACCUAUGCUGGUUAUAGGAGCCCAGGUAAUAGCUUAUUGUUUGAUGGGAGAUCAGACUUGAAGCCAACAGAUGGACCAUUCAUUGAUGAAGGGUUUUAUGGUUCUGAGGUUAGAAUGUACAGAAAAGAACUAGAGUCAAUAGGAGUUACUGUUGAUAUUAAGAGGGGAAGCGCAUUGAUAGCCAGCCACCUUGAUUUCCAAUCUGAUUUUGCCACAAUCAUUCGAAUAUACAAGUUCUUGGCAAAAGUAGAAUGGGUGCCUGAUAGUGAAGCUUCACCGAAAAUCUGGAUCCCUGAUGGAAAUCAAAAUGGAAGGUGGGUCAAACCUGAUGCAUGUGUUCUACAUGAUAAAGAUGGUCUCUUUGGUUUGCAGUUGAAUGUAUUGGAGAAACACUAUAAGAACAAAGUGCCGCUGCAGUUUUUCUCUGGUGCAUUUGGUGUCAAAUCAAAUCCUUCACUUGAUGAUUAUUGCAAACUUUGGAAGGGUUGGGAAACUUCAGGACACCGAUUGUCACAUGACGAGUGUUGUGCAUUCUGGAGGUUUGUAAUGCAGCACAAGAGUUCAAAGAACGAGCAAAUUCUUUCUGAAAGUUUGGUAAAGGUUCCUGUGGAUUCAGGUUCGGGUGGGAUUAUGUUAUUUGACAAGAAUGAUGUGUUUAUUGCUGAUGACCUUCAACUUAAGGAUCUUUUUGUCCAAUCCUCUUCUCGUCCACUAUUUGUCUGGUAUCCUCAGCCAAGCUUGCCUUUUUUGCCUCGGACUAUGCUGUUUGAAUUAUACAGAAAAAUUGGGGUUCGCUUGAUCUCUGAGAUUGUACAGAAGAAAGAAUUAUCCUUGACUAAUGGCUUGGAACUUAAGCAGGUCAAUCUUAGAGAUGUUAUGAUUGGAAAAGAGCUGGUUCGGCUUAUUCUUGGCUUUUUAGCAGGUUCUUCCAUAAAAAUGGAAGCUGACAAAAGGCAUGAAGCUGUUCAGUGCCUCCUCAAUCUCACUGUCCUUGAGACUUUAGAACCAGUUGCAGUGGGAUAUACUUUGUUGUUAUCUUCAGGUGAAACCCUAGAAGUUAGAGCUAGUCGAAUGAUACGUUGGGACAGAGAGAGCUCAAAGCUUUUCACUCAGAAGAUGGACGAGUCUGCUGGGCAAAAGAAUCUCCUUGAAUUUGCUACUUAUUUUUCUGAAGCAAUUGCUGAAGGGGUACUCUGGGAAAAGGAAGAUCAGAUUAGUUCACUCUCUGAGCUAAUCAAACUGGCCUUCCUUCUAAAAUUCAACGAAGAAGCAGUUGAUUUCUUGAUGAAAUCCAAGAAUUUGCAAGUUUUUGUGGAGGACGAGGAAUUCAUUUCUGCUGCCGCCUUAUCUAAUGAAUAAAGGUUAUGGUAUGAACUAGUAAUAUUUUGGAAUUUACAUGUAUGCGCUGUUUUCAUCCCACCCCACAUUUUCCCUUUAUUUUCUCUUUCUGUCGCGAGUUUUUAUGUGUUUUAAAGCAUAGCCUGUGAAAUAUAUGCUCGUGUGUGACCUUAAUGUUGAUA